AUGCCAUGCCGCAAAGGCUGCCAUGGAAAAUACAGACACAUCUUAGGGAACAGGUGUUCUCAAGCCGCCGUCAGUAAUGAAGCAGGUGUGAAAGGUGACUCUUAUUUGCCAGGUGAAACAAUGACUGCAAAAUUAGCAGUUUGUUUGUUAGCGUGCUUUCUUCAACUAUGCAUUGUAAAUGGGCAGGUAAUAUGUGAGAGGCAAAUGACAGCUGAAUGGCGAGUGGAACCAAAACCUACAGUGAUAAAAUGGACACCAAGGGAAAACAUCUGCUCAGACUUUUACGCCGAAUGCUGGAAUAUGAAUAAAAAUAUUACUGGGGAAAUCUCAGAAGAACAAAAUCUCAAUAACCCUCAGAUAUGCCCACUACAGCUUCAAUUAGGGGAUAGCCUCUUCAUCUCCUCUGAGCCAUCCUUUCAGUCCUAUGGAAUGAAUUUGGUGAAUGUCUCCAAGGAAGAAUUUAUUAACUGCCCUAAAGCUGGUUUUCUUCAAGAGCAGUUGAUUUUUUUUUGCCAGAUAAGAGGACUACACCAAGUUGGCCCGAACUGGCUUGGUGUUGGAACUCAUUACUUCGCAGAGCUUCAUAAGAGAGGCCCACUAUUGUGCAACAUGGGCCUUCGUCUGAAUGUAACCGUGAAGCAGCAGUUUUGCCAACAGUCUCCAAAUGCACCAUUAUGCUCUGGGCAUGGAAAAUGUCUAAGUCAUGUUUGGGAAAAAGCAUAUAAUUGCCAUUGUUUCUCACAGUAUUCUGGAAUAUUCUGCCAGAAGUUUGAUAUGUGCUCCACUAAACCUUGCCACAACAAUGCCUCCUGUACUGAGAAAUCUGAACUUACUGGAGAUUCUUACGAAUGCAUGUGUCCUCCACAAUUUUCAGGUAAAAAUUGUACAGAAAUAGUUGGACAGUGCCAGCCACAUACGUGUUUCAAUGGUAACUGCACCAAUGUUACCCCAAACACUUUUCUUUGUGAAUGUGACAAGGCCUUUACAG